AACAUGAUACGGUUUUGGAUACGCAGACGUUUCAACAGUUAUAUGUAUUUUACCCAUUCAGUGUGACGUGAACGUGUGAUACGCUUGCUUGCGCGCGCGCGCACUUUGUUGAGUACAACUGCAAAGGAGCGAGUACAUCGCCGCCUGUACGGUGGUUAAGAGGAGGGAUUAAGCGCGGUGGAGGGGAGAGAGGACGGCACGGAGGACAGAGACUGAGCGAGGAGGAGCUCGAAUGCUUUUUUUUUUUCCCCCUUUCUACUUUCUCCGUGACUUUCGUGCAGGUAGGAAACAUCCAUGGAGCUCAGUAAAGAACAGCCAGCCUGCCGAGCCAGCGCGCCCGCAGUCGGGCAGUGUGUGGAGCUGCAGCGGGCGCGCGCUCUGUGAGGAGACAUGGGCAACUUGAGGGUGUGCCGCGCGGCGCUGGUCGCGUGCGUGGCUUCGCUGCUCCUCGCGCUGCUCUACUUCCACAGUCACCUCAAGGCGGCUAUGGAGUAUGGCAGCAGGAGGCCUGGCUGGCAGGGGAAGGCUGGGAGAAGCCCACUCCAAACACUGUAUGAAGGCGACCAGUUGGAGCUGUCCACUGCGCAGAUGAUUCACCAAGCACGCCGAGAGCUUCUUGAGGAGAUGUGUCGGUCUUAUACCAGGAAGAGACGUGUCCUCAUCCCAGAGGACAUAAAGCACCUCAUUGUGGAUGACCAGCAUGGGCUGCUCUACUGCUAUGUGCCAAAGGUGGCCUGCACAAACUGGAAGCGCGUUCUCAUGGUGCUGACAGGAGAUGGCCGCUAUAGUGACCCACUUGACAUUCCAGCCAAUGAGGCGCAUGUACCAGGGAAUCUGCGCACACUAUCAGAGUACACCACAGCUGAGAUCAACCAUCGAUUGCGCAAUUACCUGAAGUUUGUCUUUGUCAGGGAGCCCUUUGAGCGCCUGGUGUCGGCCUACCGCAACAAGUUCACACGCAAUUACAACACUGCUUUCCACAAGCGCUAUGGCACCAAGAUUAUCCGGCGGUACAGGGCAGACCCACAGCCGGAGGCGCUGGAACAUGGUGACGACGUCUCCUUUGAGGAGUUUGUGCGCUACCUGGUAGACCCACAGACCCAGCUGGAGGAGCCCUUCAAUGAGCACUGGGAGCGAAUCCACUCACUUUGCCAUCCCUGCCUUAUCCACUAUGACGUGGUGGGCAGGUAUGAGACACUGGAGCAGGACUCGCGCUAUGUGCUGCAGCUGGCUGGUGUGGAAAGCCAGGUGCGUUUCCCUGCCUCUGGAAAGAGCACGACGACUUCAGAAGACAUGGCCGCCCAGUUCUUUCGCAACAUCAGCCCCUUGUAUCAGAGGAAGCUGUACAACCUCUACAGGAUGGACUUCUUGCUGUUUAACUACUCUGCACCAGCUUACCUGAAAUUCAGGUUUAGCUAACCUUUUAUAAUUUCACUUUCCAUUUCAUUGAGUUUUUAUUUAAACAUUUAUUCUGACAUGUCUUGACGAAAUACGUCGUCUUAAGUGACGUGUAAAUUUGUCAUCAUCCAUAGCUGUGUAUUCCUUCUGAUGCCUAUGUGUCAAAGUCAGGCACACACCCACAAUCUCAGCACAAGUACAACUUUAUCAACACUUUCACCAUAUUUGGUAUUCCUUUGCGCCACUGAUUGUAGUGGGAAUAAUUUUACUAAAAAAGAAAUGUUAUCUAUGUGCCUUGAAAUUAUGGACUUUGCACAGUGGAAACUUUUGUUCCUGUUUUACUUUUUUAGUUGGUGUCUGAUUAGAGGACCCCUAUUUAUGACAUUUUUUUGCAGAUAGUUCUACUGGGUAUAUGACAGUUUUGGGUUUUUUGCACCUGUAUACUGGUUGCUUCACAAACUAAGACUAAUGAAUGAAUCACUCUUUGCUUUUAUUACUUUAAAAACCUUUCAGAAGCCUACCAGAUUUUGCUGGUUAUUAUUGGUGGGCCAGCACGAGCUGAAUUUAGUUCACUUAAAGGGAAACAGGUUUCAUGUCAGAUUUGAUUUUAUAUGUCCUGUACAGCCAAUACUGAGGUAUCGACAUAUGAGGUACAUUAGUCUUUCCCAGAGUGGGGUAUAGCGGUAGUUGUUGUCUGUGUUGGGCAUUAGACAGUGGUGAAGCACCUUGCAGUUGUGUGACAGCCAGCUGUAGCAGCAGCGUCCUGACAGUAGGUGUACCCCUGUGGGCAAAGAUGCUCUAGUAGGGGGUGAAUAAAUAUGAAAAAGGAUGCAGUGUCAGACUGUUCAACAGGGAGUCCUUAUCCAGUCCUUGACCGCAUUGUGGAAAGCUGGCCUGCCACAUGAAUGAGCCCUGCAUGUACAGUACAUCUGUGCUCAG